AUGAAUCAUUGUUGUCGACUUCAUCUUGGGGUGACUUUUAGUGAAGGUUUGAGCUUGUUUUUGUUUGUGAAUGAGUCUCGCAUUAUAGCUACGGGAGGUUUUUCGGAACCGCUUGCAUUUUUGGGUAGAGUAGUCGUACGUCCGUCGAAUGCAGAAUUUUUUUCUAGCAAUUUCAUCAAGCUUUGUACAAUUAUGCUGCACACACACUUCCUUGUUUUCCUCUGCUUGUUCGCAUUGUAAUUUUUAUGGUUGCCAAACAAACCACUUAUGAUCUAACAGCAAAUUACUGAUCUCUUUCUGCGAAAACGAGAAAAAGAAAACCCAACCAAACUCGCUCGGUCGAGCGUUGUUAUACCAAUCAGGACUCAUUGUCAUUCACCGCGCGGCUUCGGGUGUGCUCUCCUCGCCCAUCAUGCACAAAAAAAACAAGGCCUCCCAGAAGCGCGGAGCACAAAUACGAGCAACCUUGCUUACUUUUCCACUGGGGCUUUUUUUUGUUGCCACUUCGUCCAGUAUCUUCGAGGCCACGCACGGCGUCACUAUGACGCCCGGCAGAGGGAAUACCGAUAGGCAAUCGCACCACGACGGCGCAGCACAACCAGAGAGCGGCGCAGGAUCAGCGUCAUCAAGCUACUACAGUAGAUCGAGUCUGCAAGGAGCCCGAGGCGGCUUUUGUACUACUUCGUGGCCAACUACACCAGCAGGUUCGUCGCAAGACACUCGCCACUCUACAUGGAAAACAACAACAGUGAAGAACUGGAAAGAGGAGCACAAUAGAGCAGAUGUUAGCACCUCCUCCGGCUUUGCGGCGGCUUGUUCUCACGAGCCCGCAAUGAGCCCCCCAUCCCACAGCUACAAACAGCAAUCCAAUCGAGGUCCUCGUGACCGGCACGGAGGCUCCUGGCACACGGGCCAACCGCCAGGAAACUAUGGAAAUUUUAAUCAGGCGCACCGGCGCUCAACCGGAAGUAAAGGUAGUACGUCAGCAGAACAAGUAGCUCCAGGCUACGCAGGGGCUGAUGUGAGCGCGCAGCGACAUUGGGAUACGAUUAGAGAUGCAGAGCAAACGGAUGCGGCAGUGAUUAAUGAGUGGAUGCGAAAUUGCGGCUUUCCCCAUGGCAGGAGAUAUGGGUACUGCAGCACAGGAAGAGAGAGAUGCAGCCAACCACAGGCGUCCUCAUCAAGCAGCACCCGUCCUAACGAGGCGUCCUCAUCUACUUGGGGCAACACCGUUGAGCGAAGUAAAGAUAUGACGAACGUGGCUCGGAGAGAAGAUCGUCGCUACGGCGGAAGUGAACACGGUAAAACUCCGACUGCACUGGGACCAAACGUCUCUCAUCAAGAAAAAGGUCGUCAAUAUUCUAUUCCGCCGUCGCUACCUGAGCAAAACAGUGGCGGACAUACUACUGAAGCCCAACAUGGCCUCUGGAAUGAGGCUCAUGGUGUUGAGGCAGAUUCGGAUGAUGAUAGUGCGGAGCCGGAAUCGCCGGAGGAUCGCAGAACAAGGUAAAAUUUGAGGCGAAAAUACAAUGUUUUUAAGACCAAAAGAAAAUGUUCGCUGGAAAUGAAUUGCCAGCUACUUACAACGAGCCGGAACAUAAAUAGUACGUCAAACAGUUACAACUCUCUCGCCUGAAAAAGCGAGCACCCGAUUGAUUUUUAUCGAGUCACAGAUCACAGCCACAAUAACACUUCGAAGAUGCGUUGUGCCGCCGCAUUGCUAUUCUAUCGUGAUAGAACACCAAAAGGUGCGUUGGAGUCGAUGCGCUCCUCGAAUGUAUGCAUCCAAAAACAAUUAUAUGGUAUCACUUAGUUUUGUGGACGUCUUCGCAAGAAAACGAAAACAGGCCGUUCCUGCGUGGCUGGCGUCCGUCCGAUCUUCCCGAAUACGACGAAUACCGACGAGAUUGCCUGCGGUUUUCGGUCUGUCCUCCCGCUCCGCUUUGUAAAAGAGGCGCUAGUGGGCAGCCGACAACCGCUACGGCAACGGCGGCCGCAUCUGCACGCUGUCGAAAAUCAGAGGACGGAACUAGUUCGGCACUUGCGCUCCAUCCCGUAAAAAAAGCAGACACCGUCUCCGUUGAUGGAGGAGCGGAGGACCCCCGCGCUGCCGCGAACGCAAGAAGGCAGGACUUGUCGCCUGCGGAAAAAGACUACGAAAGCAUAUGUGUCGACUGGGAUCGCUUUGUGUCCGAAAUUCACGCACACUGUCGAAGAAAGAAGCGAGGGUGCAAAUCGGACUCCGAGGUUGCAAAUGAGCUUGGGGGAAGCCCACGGCGUUUCCGCCGUGCGCGGCGCUUUCUGCUUGGACUGAGGGAUGAGUUUUCUCGCGAAUGCAGCAGGGCAUCGGACUCAUCUGAAGACGAGGGGAUAGCAGGAAAAAAACCAUCCAGAGCUGAAGAGGACAGAAGCCGCCGCGUUUACCCGGUGACCGAUGAGCGGCAAUCGCGGAAACAGCUCGCAGUAUUUUGUGGUCGCGAUGGAAGUCGCGAGCACGACCACGGGAUGCGAGCUGGCCUGCCUCGCAGUCAUAUCGACGAGGAAAGUGAUGUUGUUGCGAAAGGCCACUUUCCUGACGGCGAGGCGAGAACAUCCGACAACAGCUACGGGAGGAGCGAUUUUUUCCCAUCCAAUGCAGCCGUGUACGAUUGUGCCGAGUUGGAAGCACGCCUCGGAGACUUGCACCUUCACGGAGAAUAUGGAUCGUAAAAAUGUCUGGGUCUGGAAGAGUGCAAGAUUUGUGAUGCAGGUUUUCCAUGGCCCAUGAGGUCUGGAAUGCGAGACCCAGCAUGACAGAUUCUUUGAGGCCUCUAUCAUGCCUUUCCUGCAUGAGAGACUCCCUCUCAACUUGGUCAAAAGCGGACAGCUUUUGGUACUCACGCAACACAGAUUUUUGCAUCAUUCAGAUUUAGCAUGACAAGCUCUAAUCUUCCAGACCGAGACACUUUUACAUUUGAUAGAGAAGGACCACUUGCGGAACAACGGCAAGGACGGGAUGAUCCUGCUGGAGCACCAGCAGCGCCACACGAGGACGAUUCUGAGGAUCAUGACCACGAUGAGCAGGCGCAACUCCUGUUACACGCGGCCGGCCACAACGAGGAUCUUUACACUUCUUCUAUCGUCCAGCAAAACGUCCAGCUGCAGCGGUCGGAACAGAUACAGCAAGCGCAGACUGCGUUCCAAAAUUACCUCGCCCAGUUAAGCACCGAUCCGGUGUACAACAGCAUGUACCAGCGUGGCGUCGUGUAUCACGUCUCCUGCCCGGUCCAGUGGUUAGACGACCAGCGCCUCCUCGCUGCCCCGAUCUACCUCCGCGGCCCCCUUGUGCCGCAGGAAGCUGUUCCUCGGAAGUCCGCGCGCAUGCCCUUGUCCGAGGAAAGCCCGGGCGAGGGGCGUCUGUCGCCGAAAGCCACAGGCAUUUUGCUGAACAGUGGGCGGGUGCGAGUCCGGGAUAUGACACCCUCCCUGCACCUGCCUCGCAUGAACUUGCUGAAUGAAAGGUUGGCGACUCCAGCACCGGUUGAAGAUCGUGAUGCUGGCAACGACGAGGUAGGACCGCCUGAAGCACAUGAAGCUGGUUUAUCACAUGCUCUGGUUGGCGAGUCAUUGGUUCGACUUCCCUCGACCUCAGCGGCGGGUCAUGGAAGAUCUUUCGAGGAACAGCACCCCGAUUCGGCACAGGGCGCCAUGGUCACAAACCGCAGGAGACCUACCGCUCUUGCGAAGCGCACGAUUUCUCUUGAAGAUUGCCUCGGUGCUGGCGUCAGCGGUUCUUGUGUGGUUGUAGACGGAGCCGCGCCGCCAUAUCGAAAGGAAAAAUCCCCCCUCCCCAUAUCAAAACGGAAUUUCUGAUGCUGGAUUUGCGUACACAAAUCAGCUUUGUAUUGCAGAGAGGCAUUGCGGCCAGAUCCCCAGGCUAGGUAGGGGCGUAUGGGCCUAGUUGCUCAGCACGGCAAACGGCUGACCUUUAGGCCCAACAGCAUGACAAAUCGCUUCCAUAAUGGGGCGGAAGCUUCUGCCCUUGUCUUCUUGCAAGACAAAUGUGAUUUGUGACCUCAAAUCAGCAACGCAAAUUUUCGGAAACAUACCUUUUCGAUAUGGGGAGGGGGGAUUUUUCCUCUCAAUACGCCAGCUCCCAAAUUUAGUAGUAGAGAGGGGCCAGAGCAAGCAUUGGAAGAACAAGCGACCUCCAACAGCUGCGGUAGGAGCACGAUUCAGGAACUGGAGGUCGCGUUUGACUGCUCUCAACAUACUUCUCCUCCAAGCCGCUACCACCAUUGCCGCGCGGGGUCGAGAACUAGCACCUCGGCCGGCUCCGCGUGCGGUGGCGCAGCGAGUGCCGGGAGCUUCUCGGCGAACAUGCCGUCCAGCGGAUCUUCUUCGGAACUUGUUGGCCCGCGGUGUGGUUCCUCAGCGCUGUCCGGGACGAGCCCGGGCUGCUCGCCGGUGGUUGGGCCGGUUGGCGGGGCUGCUGGGCCCUCCGCGGGGGGUCCCCUGGAGGUGGUGCACUUGGAGCCCGCUUUCUCAACGAUGCACGGGACCGCAAUUGGUGCUGGAGAAGGAAAAGGCCAUUCAUCCGUGGUUAGCGCAACAUCAGCCCCCGCAAAGAGAUUGAAGCGGUUUCAGCCGGUCGAUCAGCAGCGCAUGGUCGACGAAUAUCAUGACCCACGGCAACAACAACCGCUCGUGCCUAACCCCGGCCCCUGCAACCACCCGAUAAUUCAUAAUGUACACGCCCCCGUUCCCGUUGAUCCGCAGCAACUGCAACAGGUGGAGUUUUUGUGGCCCGCGCAGCAGCAUCAGUGCUGCGUCCAUGCCGCUGCGGAGGACGUGGAACAGCAGCGGGUCAUGGUGACCCCUCCUGUUCCCUAUCCUCAACUACAGGGGAGAUCUUUCGCUGCACAGCCACACGCGCCGCAUUUCUGGCCAGGAGCGGCGGUCUACCCAACAACAGGUUCCACACCGCAUGCUGAGCUGCUGCACCAGCAGCACCACAUGGUUACUAUGCAGGCAGCACAAGUGGUUCCUCCUGCACCUGCUCACGGAACAGGUGACGGAGCGGCAGGUGCAGGUGCGACGCAACAGAACAGACCUGAACCGAACCAGUGGAGAUUUUUAUCUCGAAUCCAGCAUUGGCGCGGGCCGCCUCCACCACCGACUAGCCCACCACCACUGUUUCUCACAACUAUCCAGCAGCCCCAGGAUGCGUCUCCGCCACCCCCGGUCGUGUAUCAGUAGCGGUAGGUGGAUAAACAAAAGCUGAGCACCAAAGAACUCGAAUCUGUAGGGAGAACCAAAAACGCAAGCCACAAGUUUUUCAAUCCUGCGAAGCAGCGCAAGAGAAUUUUAGAGCUGUACUGUCAUCAUAUGCAUGGAUAUAGGUCCUCCGCAGCUCGAUUCACUGCCCGGUGCAGCACUGGUGAUGGAGCACAACUUUCACAUCAAAAUGUGAUGAGUGAACCCAAUGUAAAGCACAUCCGUAGAUUUUUACACAUAAGCAUUAAC